GAGGGGACCGAGAGGCCGAGGACAGAGAGAGGGAGCACCAUGUGAGAGGCGGCCCCGCGGAGCACGGCGUUUUCCCUUCUGACCACGGAAGAGAGAUGGAUAACAGUGGAUAUAUUCAGUUUGACGUGCCCGAGUAUAGCAACUGUGUUCUGAGCCAACUAAAUGAGCUACGCUUACAAGGAAAGUUAUGUGACAUUAUAGUUCACAUUCAGGGUCAGCCAUUCAGAGCCCACAAGGCUGUCCUCGCUGCCAGCUCUCCUUAUUUCAGAGAUCAUUCAGCGCUGAGCACCAUGAGUGGUUUAUCAAUAUCAGUUAUUAAAAAUCCAGAUGUAUUCGAACAGCUACUUUCAUUUUGUUACACUGGGAGACUGUCGUUGCACUUGAAAGAUGUUGUUAGUUUUCUCACAGCCGCAAGCUUUCUGCAGAUGCAGUGCAUCAUUGACAAGUGCACACAGAUCUUGGAGAGCAUUCACUCCAAAUUCAGUAUCGUGAGCAUUGACUCUGCGGUGGUCAGUACUGAAGAUAAUCAGGGGAACUGCAACGGGGUCCGAGAGAGCGCCAGCCGCUUCUUAAACCCGGUUGAGAUCUCGCCGCCGUACUAUGGGCAAGCCAGGCAGGCAGCCACAGCUAACGAGCCGAGGAUGGAUGCCAUGCCCGGCCGGGGAUUUCCCAACCGGGCCAUGGAAGAGAGGCACUCGGACCCGGGCAGCAGCGGCAGCGUCUCCGAGCAUGAGAUCCAGAUCGAGGGAGACCACGAGCAGGUGGAGCUGAUGGCGAGGGAGACCAACCCCAUCGGCGCCCAGAUCGCCGAGGUCAAAGUGAAGAUGGAGAAAUCGGACCGGCCUAGUUGUUCGGACAGCUCGUCGGUGGGAGACGACGGCUACCACACGGAGAUGGUGGACGGAGACCACGUAGACAGGAUGGUGGGCGUGAAUGUUGGCUCGUACGGCCCGGUGUUGCAGCAAGCUUUCUCCCUCUCCCAGCCCGCGCCCCAGUCCGCCGCCUUGUCCACCACCUACGGCUGCCUCGCCACUUCCAGCCCGUCCAGGUCCAUGCUGGGAAACUUUAGAGGGCGCGGCCGGCUGAAACGCAACAUGCAGAUCCAGCACGAAGGGCAGGGCGCGGCCGGCCAGUCCUCGAAUGGCGACGACGGGCCGAACAGGCAGAGCUUUGAGAGUACUAACCCUCACGACCACGACGCGAGGGAGCACUGGUUCCCGUACAACCAGCGGCUCAUCUGCAUCUACUGCGCCAAGUCCUUCAACCAGAAGGGGAGCCUCGACCGCCACAUGCGGCUCCACAUGGGCAUCACCCCGUUCGUCUGCCGCUUCUGCGGCAAGAAGUACACGCGGAAAGACCAGCUGGAGUACCACAUCCGCGGCCACACGGACGACAAGCCGUACCGCUGCGAGAUCUGCGGCAAAUGUUUCCCCUUCCAGGGCACCCUGAACCAACACUUGAGGAAAAACCACCCAGGCGCCUCCGAGAUCCGAAGUCGAGUUGAGUCGCCCGACCGAACUGAGCCGCACACGGGACAGAAAGAAGGCGACGAGCCUUCGCCCACAGACGAAUCCCACAUGGACACUGCAGUGCAGGACGUUCCUCCACUAUCCCACAUUAACGAAUGAGCGGCUUGGGGCCUAACAAUGCCAAAAGCGCACAAAGAUGCUGAAAAAAAGCUUCGUAUUUUGAGGGUUUCUUUUGUAGAAAAGAGCAUUCGCCGUUUAUAUAAUGUUUCUGGGUCUGAAAUCGCCUCUCCCCUACCCCUCCCCCCUCCCCCCCCUCAAUCCAUUUUCUAUUUUUCCCUGUAUGGAUUUAACCCUGAAAAUGUUGAAUACUUAAGUGUCUGACCAGCUAUAAUAUAAAAAAUAAAUGGCCAUAUUCAAAAGGGUAAUUAGUUACGGUAACAGGAAGGGAUGUUUGUGAGGCAGCGUAUCGCGAUUAUCACUGUGACAAGUCUAAAUUUCAAUUCACACUCUGCACAGCAGUGAAACAUUCUAUCAUGCUCCAUUUAACUUGCUUUUGUUAAUAGGGGCAGAAAUAUUUUG